GGCAAAAAUGACGGAUGAUUGCGAUUUGAAGGGAAGGCAGAAAGUGAAUGAGACGUCUCGUUUGAAUUAAAGUUUCAAUUGGAAAAGUGCAGCAUAGCGAAAAAAGAUUGUGCAUACAUCUAAAAUCGACAAUAAAUUAUACUAUAGCGUAUAUUUCAAUUGUAAUGGAGUAAAUUUUGUACGCCUCAAACGGAAACUCAAACGUCUGUUCAUUGUGCAAAGCAGCAGUGGCAUCGGUAGGGGAGAAAUCCAAUGAAAAAUUAAAACGAAAAGGGAGCGGAAGCAACUGCAAAAGUAACGUCGUCUCAGCCGCUGUUUGCGCUGCCGUCACAGUAUUUGCCGUGACAGUUCCCCCUCAUCAUAUAACGUCGGUUUCGUUAACGCUGCCGUGGCUGUCGUCAACAAAGUAAAGUAAAGUGCUAAGUGUGUGAACGCGGGGGUUGGAGACGUUGGUGCUGGUCACUUGACACGAGAAAUCACAGAAAAAAGUGGGAGCAUAAAAGUUUGCAAAAAUAUUUCAGACAAAUUUUCGAAAAACCUGAAAUAAGCUAACAGGCAGAUAUAUGCUGUGUUGUAAUCAUAACUAACAACCACCCACCGCAACCAGUAACGCCAAAUGCAACUCGCAGCCACAUUGCUCACAAUCGCUUACACCGUACAAAACACCAACGUCAUAGCUAAGCAGCAGCAGCAGCAACAACAACCGAUUGAAACAUAACAUUUGUCAUAUUUAGCAUAUCAACAGUGUUAUAAAUAUACUAAAAUUCUUCCAAGUUUAGAUACCAACGUUUGUAGGCGUGCACAAAACGCUGAGUCCCACACCCAAUAACGUCUAACCAUCAUUCCUCGACCGCGCGCAGUGUAAAACAUUUUUGAGAACCUUAUCAAUACCCUUUAAAGAAUCACUGGCGUAGCCGUACACAGCAGCGAUAAGUCGUGAAAGCAAAGUACACACAAAAGAACAAAAUUAUAAGUCUACAGUUUAAAAAUAUAGCACAAACGAGUGAAAAAAUCAACGACAACACGCCGCAUUACUUACUUUUACUGGGAUAAUUUUUUAUUUGUGGCACUAUUGUGCAUUUAUUGGCUGUAACAGCCAUUGCUAAUCGGUGGAUAAACUCUAAGCUAGCGUACAAUAGCUAGGCGACAUGGCGUCACGCGGCUUUGACCAUUUAUUUAAAUUACUAAUUAUAGGUGAUAGUGGUGUCGGCAAGUCAUCACUGCUCAUACGCUUCUCAGACGAUACAUUCGCCGGCACUUAUAUCACCACCAUCGGCGUAGAUUUCAAGAUACGCACCGUUGUCAUCGAUGGACUGCGCAUCAAGUUGCAAAUAUGGGACACUGCCGGACAAGAGCGCUUCCGCACUAUAACGAGCACCUAUUACCGCGGCACACAUGGUGUCAUUAUCGUGUACGAUGUGACGAAUGGCGAAUCAUUUGCGAAUGUGCGACGAUGGUUGGAUGAAAUACAAAAUAAUUGCGAUGUGGUCAAUAAAGUGUUGGUGGGCAACAAAAAUGAUGAUCCCGAUCGCAAAGUCGUCAUCACCGAGGAUGCGCAACGGUUUGCGCGCCAAAUGGAUAUCGAGCUGUUUGAGACAUCCGCCAAAGACAAUAUCAAUGUGGAAGAGAUGUUCCUCGCCAUAACGCGACAGGUGCUGCAGCAUAAGCUGCGUAAUGCGCAAAAUGAGCAGCAAAAGGACAGUAUCACUUUGAAGAAACAACAAAAGAAUAAACGAAAAAGUAAAUGUUGCAGUUGAAACACACGUUGUCGCCACCACACCAACAACACCACACGGGUUUUGUGUACAACGCGCAAUAAAACCACAGUACUCAGCAUAUUUUAAAAAUAUAUUAUAUAUACGAAAUACAAAAUACAUACCACACAUACUACACACACAUAUACAUAUGUAAAACAACAACAACAAGAAAGCGCGUAAACGCAAAAAAUAAACACACACAAAAUAAGUAAGAAAAGCAAAACAAAAUCACUUCAACUGCAUGUACUCGUGCAUACUCCGGUUUGCAUGCUCACGUGAGUUGUCAAAAUAUAAAGUAAGCCAGCAGCAGUGGAAGCAGAUUUUGUUGCAUGUAACACAGCAUACUGCAGUGCAAAUAAGUAUUUUUAUAGCAGUUAUAAAAGUAAAAAAAAAGUAAUGUGGUAUUCUAAAAAUGUAGUAGCAACAAAAUGUAAAUGUGUAUGUGUUUGUAAGAGAACAUUUUUGUAAAACAAAAUAUGAAAAAAAAUUAAAAGAAAAAAAUUGAAAUCACACCAAAACCAUUUAUGCAGCAAACUGCAAUAGCAUAGCGUUUUAUAAAUACACAGUUAUUUACAUAAAUGUAUGCAUAAAUUAUUAACUAAUACAUACAUACAUAUAAACAACAGAACAAACAUACA